UCGUUGGCGAGUGGUGCGCUGGUUGCUGCUGGGUGGAGCCAUGGCUCCGACGGUGGCGGCGCUGCAGUCGCGCACGGGUGCCCUGGCCCUGCACUACGCGGCCGCCAAAGGAUGCCUGGACUGCGUCAUCCUCCUCACGGAGUCCUGCCCGGAGCUCGGGGCCAACACCCCGAUGGAGAACCACGUGACCCCGGUGUAUCUGGCGGCCCAGGAGGGUCACGUGCCCGUGCUGCAGUACCUGGUCACCGUGGCCGGAGGGAACCUGAACGUCCGGGCCAGGGACGGCAUGGCCCCACUACACGCCGCCGCGCAGAUGGGGGCCCUCGAGUGCGUCAAGUGGAUGGUGGAGGACCAGGGGCUGGACCCGAACCUGAGCGACAACGACGGUGCGACCGCGGCGCACUUUGCGGCCAGCAGGGGCCACGUGGAGACCCUGCGCUGGCUGCUCGCCCACGGCGCCGCCCUGCUGCCGGACAAGUUCGGCAAGUCGCCCUUCCACGACGCCGCUGAAAACGAGCAGCUAGAGUGCCUGGCCGUCCUUAUCGGGCACGUGUCCAACCCGGAACUCCACGUGACGCAAGGCAAGUCCGGCAACGGCACUCUCAAGCGCGGAGCACACCACCGGCAGGUGACUCAGUCGUGCUCGUGUCCCGGUCCCGCGCGGCCCUCGGGUCGUCCGUCGAGGUCGACCAGACCCCCGCAGCAGAUCCUGCAGCAGCAGCAGAGGUCUCCCUGCGGAAGGACGACAUCGGCGACAGCGGCACAGACGUCCAGCCUGACGUCCUCGGCCACGUCCGUCUCGCCCCUGUCCAGGAGCACGGAGGCGACGGAGCCCUUCUUCCUGCACGAGCCUCACAUGACCGUCAGCGACCGGGUGCGCAAGCUUUUCGAGAGUGCCGCAGGAACCACCACCGUACCGACGACCCAUCUUCAUGUCGUAACCGCCGAGGUUCACGACAACUCCGACAGCUUCGUCAGGGCCAAGACUGAAGAAAGCCAGAAGUCCGUCAGCAGCAGCUCCAAUUCGAGCACGAGCACGGACGAAGGUAUCUGCCAGGACGACGCCAUCCUCGAGGACGACGAGAAAAGAGACUCAGACACAGUCUCGACGCCGCAGAGCAGCCGCAAGGCACCCUCCUCGGUCGACGCCGCAUCGUCUGCAUCGUCCACGACCGCUUGCAGCCCGGAGGACGACGAGAUGGACACCGCAGCAGGAAGAACCACCAUCUUCCACAGCUCUCAGUUGAACUGCAAGUCACCAACACUCGUCAAGAGUCCAAAUCAGAAUCAGACGGUGCUCAAGACAGUCGCAAAGACCCCAACACCCAAGGCAUCGCCACCGAUGGAGCCCAAGGUCCCUUCGCAAGCCAUCCUGCGACCGACGCCUUGCUCGGCGAUACUCAGAGAGGCCCAACCGCUCCCGCUUCGGGGUAAAUCUUCGUCUUUGGCAGACUUGCUUGGGGAAACUGUCAAAGAGCAGCAGUCUCCUCAGCCAUCCACGAACCAACAGCAGCCCGCGGCAAAGAAGUCAGUCGAAAACGGGCUCAAGAAGGCCUCCUCAACGCUAUCUCUCCUCUCCUCAGCACUUCAAGUUCCACCACCACCACCGCCUGCUGCCGAUAACACCUCUUGCGCCGACGUCAGUGGCAGUGACUCGGACUAUGAGACCAUAUGCACGGUAUCCACUUACAAGGAGGACAAAGCAGUUAAGGCAUUAAGGCCUCCGCUCGCGCUUCCAGUCGAAGCAUCGUCCAAGAACACCUACGAAGACGUGAUCGAUUCCGCGGUUCCGCCUCCCCCAAGCUGUGAUCCGUCGCCACCUCCACCUCCGCCUCCACCUCCGAGAAACCAAGACGUCAAGCCCAGCUGUGAAAACACGCUGAAGAGGUCGACGGCAAGCCUCAGUGGAGACUGCCGCUCAGAAACGUCUUCCAACGCAGACACUGAAGACUCGGGGUCUUCGAGCGUCCACAGCGAGGAGAGGACGCUGCCACGUCUCUUCGAGAGGCCAUUGUCCUUCAUACCGCCUCAGUUUAUGCAGCCACCAGAUUCGGAUACGAAUCUGAAACCCUCGGAAUAUCUCAAGACCGUGUCCAACCGCCCAAAAUCUGUUCUGGUCCCAAAGGAGCUCAAGGUCGACUCGAUGCCAAGGAAGCUUGGUAAGGUCCUGGACAACCUGCCGUUGCCUACACCCCCGCAGAUUUCAAUUGUUUCGUCACCGGUAGCGGCUUGUCCGACAACAAAUGGGACAAAUGGAACAAGCGGGACGACCAACGGAACGUCAAACGGACAGGCCAACGGGACAGUUAAUGGAGGAACAAACGGCACGGCAGGCGCUAUCACAAAUGGAUCGAUUGGAUCAAGUACGGCGAACGGUUUAAGCGGUUUAAAUGGAUCAAGCACACUAAAUGGUACGACGAAUGGACAAAAUGGAACAAACGGUAACUGCGACGAAUCGCCGACGGCGUCUUUGUGUGAGGAGAAAGUGCGCAGCAACUCAACCAGUCACACGGAUGGCGACGUCAGCAGUUCGAGCUCGGUGAAGAGUAUGCCUAGCACCCCGUGCUCACCGCAGCCAAAUGGUGGCGUGUUCUCGAUAACCAAGGAGCAGCUUCAAAAUGUACAGCUCAAGAGGACGGACAAGCCAAGCACAAUAGAACGCUGUGUGCUGCUCCAGAAGAAUGGUGGUGCGCUGUUAGAGCAGAAGAGCACCAUCAUCGAAGAACUCAAGCAGUCCAUGGACGGACAAGGAGUCCACGGCGUGCGAAAGAUGAAAGAAGAAAGGUUGCGAAUGGAAGAAGAGAAGGAGAAGAAAAAAGCUGAGGAGUUGCUGCAGCAGAUCUCGGCCAAGAACUUCGUGGACACGAUACCCGAGAAGGACGUGAACGGCUGCGUUAUUCCCGCCUGGAAGCGUCAGAUGCUCGCCAAGAAGGCCGCCGAGAAGGCGAGGAAGGAGGCCGAGGAAGUUCUCCAGCGCGAAGCCGAGGCGAAGAAGUGGACGUCUGUGCCGGUCUGGAAGCGACAGCUGCUCAUGAAGAACGGCGACUCUACUUUACCCGGGCACAAGACGCUCGGCAACAAGCCACUGACUGCGUCGCUGAGCUGUCCGGCGACGCCAACCCAAACGCUACCUCAGCCGGUGAUGUCUUCCCAGCCGGCGACGCCUUCGCCCUCCGAAGGUCCCAGCGAAGCCGUGCCCGCCUCGCAGGACAGAUCCCUGGUCAUCGAAGAAGACGACAAGCCCCCGAACCCCUUCCUGCAGCAGGGUCUACGCAAAGUGAACGUGCGCCUUCACUGAAGCCAGCGUGGCCUGCCGCAGAAGAAGGGAUUCGAUGCCCUAAGGAAGACUUUACCUCACAGCCGUACACGAGUGUCCUAGAGCUCGUAGAGGCUCCGAAGAGCCACUCUAGAUGCUUCCAGAAGCCUGCAGAACACCGUAUCUUCGCUGUGUGAGAGUGGCCUCUUGUUCAGAUGAGAGACUCGUGUGUUGCCGAGACGCUAUAGGAUACGCAAUUAGACCGACCCCGCCAGAACUCGUCCCACACCUCCGGUACUGUCGUCUGCCAGAUGGACUAAAGAGCGACGUCGUACCUGGAAAGCUCGUCACGUGGGCGGUCUUCUUUCUUUUUUGUGUGUGUGUGUGUUUUUGUCACUUGUGAAACUGCUUAUGAGGCUUGCAAUCGCCGUCUGCUACUCUAAAGAACGAAACCUUCUUAGAAGACACGAGAGGAUUCAGCUCCAGGUGUACUUUGCUAAAGAGUCAGCUGGUCUUUGACGUCUUGUAGACUGUGGCGCGAGGUACGCGGACCCUUGACAGGCGCGGACACCUGGAGCUUAAUUCUAUGCCGAGCGAGGGAGAUUCGAAUUGUCGCACGCUUCUAUCGAUGCCCCGGUAAGAAGGUGCUGCCGAUGAUGCGGCAGCUGAGGCGCUGUCUCGCUAUACCGAUGUAAAAAGGAAUAGUACAUUUUUGUAUAAAAGUGGCGGAGCAAAUAGAGCCGCCCUUGAAAUUAGUAUUAUUUUUUUUCCGCGAGCGAUGACACACCACGUGCAUCCUGUUUUGUAAAUAGAUCAGAACUAUACUAAUAGCGCUACUGCUUUUAAUACGUGCGAAACGGAAAGUAUGUUGACUCGAGAAUGUCUGUGCUACCCGGAGCGUGUAACACUACUAAAAUACCGCGCAAACCUUAACGGCGAAAGAAUUAUUUUAUCAAUUAUUUUUUUAGGAUGACUGAGGCUGCGUUACUCCAGAGCUGUGCGCGCCACGAUAUGUUUUAAAUACGGCAUUUGUUUAUGGGCUUCAACUCCGACUGGUACAGGACUAAGAUGCAUAUAUGUCACAGUUCCGGUGAGAGCAGUGAAGUUGUCAGAAUCUAAAUAUUUUUUGUCGUUGUCGCGCAUGUGUUUUUGUAUGAAUGGCAGUAUGGUUGGAUCAAUGAUAGUGUGUGUGUUUUUCGGCGAUGCUUUUAUUCGCGAGAAAUUAUAUCAAACGUUUCGUUAUAGCUGUUAGCCCUUGUCGAAUCACAAACCUAUAGUACGUUUGUGCGGUGAAACCCUAAAUGGCUAAGACAGGAAGGGAGCGUUGUCGUACGAGAACUUGGGGACGUUUUUUCGAGUGUGCAAUGGGCGAGAGCACUUAAGAAACUGAUGCUGCCACUAAGCAAGAACACACACUCAAAGGUAGGACUGUAAAAUGGAAACAUUAAAUGAGCUCUUGUCCUUUCCUUGCAGUGACAAUUAAGGGCAGACAUGCUCGGUCUUGUAAUGGCUCCCACCAGAAGGUACUGUUCUCGCCUGCAAGGUGCUGCGUAGCAGUGUGUCAGGAAGAGUACUGCAAGUGGCUGCCGAGAAAGCGUACCGGGGAGCUAUGCCAAGAGACCGUGCUUAAGAGUCGCUGACGUCAUUACCUGCAGUGGUAAUGUUCCUACGACACGUUCAGUCCGAUUGCACUGCUGCCGCGUACUGUGAAGCGCCUUAUUUUCACCGUCGCGAUGACGGUCGAGAUACACGGAACAGCGUCAUGCUCUGGAGAGAAGAACGACUCGCGAUCCUAGGAUAUGCGAAAGGAGGACUCUGGUCAAUGGUUGCCUGCUUUAUGAACUUGCCGAGGAUGGUAGACACCCGACGCAUGUCUUUAGGUGAUGCACACUGCUCCAAAGUUCGUUUCAUGGGUGUUCAGUUCCCACGCAGGUACACUCAGUUUUGCGAAUGGUUCUGGUUAUCUGGGGGGUCGGCAGCUCAUGCGUAGAAAGCGAGCACACGCUCUAGAACUCCGGCUUUCUUCAACUGAGCAAAUCUCGUCGCGGCAGUCAACAAUCAGUCUCAAAUAGUCGGAAGACGAGCGACUGUUGCGUUUAUUUUUCUGGUUUCCUAUCGCUUCCGUCUGCCCUUCUGUUUCUGUGCGCAUUUAUGUUGUCUGAAAGCGUGUGUAUAUGUAUUUCUUUCAAAUCGAAAUAAAGUGAGUGGCGCAAGUGAA